AUGAAUUUAACGUAUUUGCUACUAUUUAUAUUUGGGUAUUUACUAACAUCAGCAUCAUCACAGCAUGUAAAUGAAUUAAACCAAUUUGAAUUACCAUCUGAAAGAUUUAAGCGAUGGACAAGAUUAGAGCCAAGCGUACGCUUUUUCGAUAAACGUUGGACAAGAUUAGAGCCAAGCGUGCGUUUCUUUCAUAAACGAUGGACAAGAUUAGAGCCAAGCGUACGCUUUUUCGAUAAGCGAUGA